GAUUGCGAAAAUCUGCCAUGGAUCCAGUUUGCUGAAGACUCCUAACUCCUAAUUGAGCUCGCCCGAGGCAGCAGAUCGCGGGCCUUAUCGUGGUUCUUGUGCGAACGGCUGCCGACACCCAUAGGAGUAGCGGUAGGGUAUUGUUGUCACGGUAUUGCUUCUAUUAACGGCCAAAAUAGUUGCUAAUAUCAUGUUUUGUAGUAGGGCUCUAAGCCGCGAAUAGCCUACCGAGCAGUCACUGGUUCAUCGUGGGCACUCGGCACAAACACAACAGCAUCCACGACCAGGCAAUCCAACCGCCGCAGCAACAGGCAAUAGCGGUAUCUCCCCGUGCUCUUAUAAACGACCUCCCCGCUGUGAAUCCGGCAGUGAUCAGAGCCGUCGUACGGACCCGGAACAUCUAGCAAACCCAGUCGGCUACGGUCUCAACAUCCCCCCCAAUGGAAUCCCCCCCACAACCUCAAAGCCAGCAGCAACAGAAACAUCAUCAUGAACCUCAAGAAUUCCAACCGGGGGAUGCCUUCGGAGUCGCUCAUCCCUCCCUUGGUUCUUCCGUUACUCAAAGAUCUACCGUUGCUUCCAUAGCCCCUCCCGCAAUCUCGAUCCUUCCCGCCACUCCCGCCGAGUGUGACGACGGAACAGAGCUGCAACAAUGGGAAUACAGCGAACCAUCGCACAAUUCGUCCCAUGACAGCAAUAACUGCGGAACUCCUGAAUCGGAGCAGGACUCUAGAAGUACAGAAUAUGAUUAUUCUGGCCCAGCUACCACUCCCGAUGGCUCGGGCUCAUCCAAUUCUUCCAGGGGGGCAUCGCCACCCCCGCCCAACGGCCCUGCCGUUUCAGUUCGGAAGACAUCGAAAUCACGUUCCGUGUUGGCCGCAUUCUGGGAUAACCACAUGUCGGUUGUGGUGCCGUCUAAUGCUGCGCGAGACCAUCUAGGUAGGAUUAAAUGCUCCUCCCCUCUUACCCAAUUGUCUUUCUCCCCCUCCCUCUCUCCCUUUUCGCACACACACUCUCUCUUUCUGAAAAAAAAAACCUCUUAUUUCGUUCAUCGCAGCCUCAAUACCGGUAUCCAAUUCCAUCCGAUUUCAAUGUUUGCCCCACCCAACAAACCCCUCAUCAAUCUUAGGGCUGCUUGGCGCUACGUUUAUUUUGGCUGUGAAUCAUGGUUUGACAACUAUGCUCGUGAACUGACCACGGCGUGCCUCCGGUCUCGGUCACAUAAUCCAUUUCCAAGGGCCAUGAUUGGCCAAUUUACAAGCGUGGUUGCCAAACCACGUCGCGAGGCAACAGCAAACGUCGCACCCACCAGCCCCUUACCGGUACUGUAGCCUUCUGGGGCCGUUGGAUGUUCCUCCAAAGUCACACCCCCCAUUAGCCACAUGCUCCUUUGUGCCUCCAUGGACCCGUUACCGGCAACUAGACACAUCUUCUGAGUGGACCCGGCUCGCUUUGGCGUUUUGCAGUACGGGCACGACCGGUGCACUCUAUUGCCUGGCUAGAAGCAAAGGGCCGGAAGACGGUAACUGGGCAUCCCACAUUGCUUUAUGGACACGCAUUCACUUAUUCAAUACAGAUCACAGGGCAUAAUCAAACGUCGGCAUCCAACUCACGAAUGUCAUUGCCCUCCGUUAUCUCUCCCUCUCAUCCCUUACCCGCGAGCCUAGUUGCCCAUAUCCCGUAUCGUACCGUAUCCCACGCCCCCGUCAUCACGCGGAUCAGUUCGCCUUACUAGCUGUCAUCCAUCCUAAUUCUUCUACUGUACCCUUCACCCCUCAUCUAUGCCACGGUUCGCCCCACCAAUGCCUCUCUACAUCGGUCCACAUACCUACACCCCUCGGUGCAUGUUGUCACUCUCCGUUGUUCCUUGGGGCCCGCGGACACACUCCGACCUCGGCAGAGUUCCGGGUCGGAAUCACGGACGGCUGCAUGUAAGCCAUCCGAACGAAAACGAGGGCCAAAAUGUAUUCUCAUGCAUACACAUUUGUCUGCUCCCGCCCGAGGCUGACAGGCUUCCCCAGAAAGUAACGUAACUUAUGAGUAGAGCACGUGCUCUCGGGAGACUGGACGACCGCGAUUUCCCAUCUCUAGAGCUUCUCAGCCUUGCAAGAAAAACAACCCCCCCCGCGCCAUAAAUCUAUUUUCCUUUCUUUCUUUCUCCCCUUUAAUUUGAUUUUUACUAUCCCGAUGUUUUCCUUCCCUGACCGAUUUCCUCUGUCUCUGUACUUUUCUAUAUUCACCGCAGUCCUAUGAUAAUCGCAAACCAUAUACUAACCCGAUUUCAUUACAGCCUUGGAAAGAACCUAUCUAGCCUAUCAUCGCACUUCUCUCGUGUUUGCUAUAUCCGCUGCCAUCACUGCCCAAUUGACCAUAAUUCAGCAAGCACCCACCCCCCCAAUAACUUUCGGGUUCCACAAUAUUGGGAAGCCAAUCUCGAUUUUGCUAGUCUGUUUCUCGUUAGUUAUAUCUGUCCUUGGUAUCCUCAGGUGGUGGAGGCUACAGAGUGGGCUUUUACGAGGCGCUGCAAUAUCUGGAGGACUAGAGGUUUGGGGUCUUGCGGGCGGAAUACUCUUGGUAAGUUCAGAACUCACUCGGCCCCCUAUACCGUACUAGGGAUUAUGGGAUAAUCCAAGAUUGUUGUUAUGACAGCAAUAUGUACCCAAACAUACUCUGUCCAGGCAAAACGCUUGGAUUGGCUUCCCCCCCGUACACUCCAGAUCUCAAUUUUUUCUUCCCUCAGCUUACCUUCAAUCAACACUGACUGCUACGGAUAGCUCACACUAGUGUUUUUUGGGUUAGUGCUUGCCAUGGAGAGUAACGAGGGAGAUUUAGUAGGGUUUCUACUUCACUAGGGUUACGUUAUAGCGAGGCUACUCGGGGCCUCGCCGGUUUCAGUUGGCGUUUCUAUUUUCUGUUUUUUACCCAAGGUACACCGGUGUCUUACGUUCACUGAGAAUCUAGAGGGCCUAUGGUAAUCUAGGAUGGACCUGUAACUCUAAACUCGAGUAACCACAUCUUAGCCUUGGUCCAUGUGUAUGAAAGAUAUGUUGGUGCAA